CUCCCGGUGAGAGCUCUUAUUGAGCUGUGGCAAGAAGGGGCAGUGAUUUUACCUUGGCACCAUGCACUGGGGAGGCCAGCGCAGGCAUUGAAAAAUUAGGGUGUAGAAAAGAGCCCCCCAAACCAACUGGAAGAGCCUUGUGCUUGCCUCUGAAGAAGUUCAGACAGAGGAAAUGACAGGCUCCUUCUCCCCAUUGACCUCCCCAGCUGUCUUCAUUACCAAUCAAUAUGUUCCAGUUGGUGCGGGCUGGACUGGGACAGGUUUUUGGCUGCUCCCUGGCCUGAGCGGUUAUAAAGUAACCCAAUACGCUGCCCUUUCAGAACGACUGCCCAUCCCCACGAGGCAGCAGGACUGUCUUAGCUGGCUGCUACCUCUCAGCAAUUUGUCUCUACACCCAAGUCCACCAGCCUGGUUCAGAAGAUGCAGGAGAAAUUCCCCGUUUUCCUUCUGAUUGCGGCUGGGCUGCUGGGUCUGUCAGGUGCCUCCAGAAAUGAACACCAGGUCAGUGAGCGAUUAGGCCAGAGCUUUCUUGGAGGACUCCAAGCGAGAGCUCUGAGCAGCCCAGUGACCAGUGCAGUGUUUUCCGUUGCAGAAGACGACCCCGCGGAGGUGACCUUUCCAUUUCAGACUCUCGCAGCUGACCCUGCCCGUGGAGCCGCAGCCAGCUUCAGUGCUGCGCGUGCAGAGAUGGCUGAGAAAGGCACAGACCAGCUCCUGGAAGAGUCGAGUAGAAACUCGGAUGGGUCUGAACAGUUGGAAGGAGCCAUGUUAAAUGCCCAGACCUCUGGCUUUUUCACCAGCAUGAGCAGUCCUGUCCUAAGGCAGAAAACAGAGUCCUGGGUUGUGCAGGAUCCAAAUGAGCCACUUCUAGGGAAAGCAGCAAGAGGGGAACAUGCUCCUGCACCCAGACCCGGCACGGCAAGCGCAAGCAUGGUGCAGUCCCGCCCCAGCGGACCUCGGGCAUCUCAGCCCCUCCGUUCUGCCUUUGCAGGCUCCGUGCCCCCGGAUGGGAUCCAGGAGACAGCAGUGCCGAGUGCCAGGGCUUCCCCCGUGACUCGAGCUGUCGAGUCCCACGUGCUUGUCCAAAGCCCAAAGGAGCCGUCAGUGCCUGCUGUCAAUGCCACGCAGGCUCCUGCAGGGCUGGGAGGGGAUCGGUUCCCUGCACUGGGCCCUUCUAGCGACAGGCUGGGGGAGAGCAGUCCACAGGUCCGGCUUGACCUGGCUAGUGUGACCUUAGCGGCCCCAAAGGAGACUCCAGGUCUGGGUGCCAGGGUCACGCCUGUGGCCUUCUUGCAAAAGCCAGUGUCUGGAGGACUUGCCGCGAUCGUUUCCAGGGCGAAGCAGCUGGCACCUGUGGGACUUUCCCCUCCAAAGAGAGCAACGACUGAGAGUCAGACCACCCUGCCCGCCACGUCUGAGCUGAGCACCCCGGGGAGCCCUGACGGCUUGUCUGCACUUCUGGCACCCCCGCCGGGGGAUGCUCCCCCUUCUUUCAUCCCAGGCCCCCCAGAAGUGCCAGCUCCACAGGCCUCGUCACAGUCCUUGCACAAGCUCCGGAGCAGGACCGAUGAGCCCCGGCUGACUUCGGUGACCCGGCCUGUCCCUCUUGGUGAAUUAGGCCUUUCCACGGCAGGCAGAAAGAGCCGGGUAGAGCGCCCAACCUUGGCUCUGCCACGUGGCAUCGGCCGUCAGACAAGUGCCUGUGGCCCUGAACCAGCCAGGUCUCCCGAGAGCAGCAAGGCUGCAGCUGGUCGACCAUCUCCAUUAACCCAGCCACAGGCCCGUGCACUGCUAUCCCAGCCAGUCGCCGCGGGACGAGCGGGGACGUCACUUGCAUCCCCGCGCCGGGGGCAGCUGAGCUCAGCCACCCUUGUAGCCGUGGGGUCCCCACCUCUGAAUAGCGCUGACUCCCCUCGGCCAUCGGGCACCGCUGCCCCAGCUCACUUGGGGCUUCCCGCACCCCUUCUGUCUGCUUCCACAGCCCCUGGGCUCGCGCUGCUCAGAGAUCCUGAUGAGACCGCGAAGCCCCUGGCACAGGGGCUGCUCAAUAACUCCAGUGUCACCAGCACCAGGAACCUGAGUGCUUUCCUUGCCGAGCACCUGCUGCUCCCCGCGUCAGCGCAGUAUCUGACUUUCCUGGUCAGGAGCGCGGAUGACGCGCUGUGCUUGCACCCCAUGCCGAACGCCCCUCCACUGACAGCAGACCUCAAUGCCACCCUCCAGGAAGUCCUGCCAUCAUCCGCUGCGCUGCUCUCUUCCGCGUUAGACCCCACCAGUUUAAAACAGCUGAGUCCUUCCAGCAUCAUUUUGGUGAAGCCUCUGUUUGUCUUUCUGCCUGCGGAUAAGCCAGCACUGUCCAUCCUACCUGCUUCUGCUGAAGAAGACAGGCUGGCGACUGCUUUUUCAUUCGCCAGCCAGCAAGACCGGGGACCGGCUACUCCCUCAAGCGGCCACGGGAUCCUGAAGGAAGUCAGUUCCUCAUCCUCCACGAGUGAGGCUCCUGGAGCUGCAGCUGCCCUCUCCCCUGCUCCCGACCAGCUGCAGAGGCAAGCUGCUUCUCCACCGGUGCUUGCUGCUUUCUCAACUUCAACAAGAGCCAUUAGCCUGUUUGGAUCCCAAACCUUCACGUCCAAGCACGUGCCGUAUCCACUGGGGGAGCUCGGCAUGACAGCACCGCCAUCCCGGCCUGAGAACCAGUCCGAAGGGGCCGCGCUACCUGCUGCCUCGGCCCCAGAGGAGAAUGAGACCAGCUCACUUGUACCAAGGGGAGCGUUUGCAGAGCACCUUAGUGUGGCCCCUCCAGCACUGAGUCUGCCCACCCUGCACAGCCCCCAAAUGUCCACAGAAACACUGCCUGUAGCUGCAAAUCUGAGCACUCCCACCAUUAUCUCUCCGCUUCCGGCAAAGGGAUUCUCUGGUUCUCCAUCUCCAACAUCCGCUCCCCAUACCGAAUCCAGGGUUACGGGGUGGCUUCAGCUCAUUUCAAAGCUAACCCUGCAAAGCGGACCUCCUCAUCUCGGCUCGGUGACUGUGUCCGCCCUUGAUAAGCAACGUUUGGCGUUCUCGGUGGGGAGCACAAACUUCCUGCCCGAGGUGCGCACCAGCCUCGUGCCUUUGCAGUCCAGUCAGUCACUUGGAAAGCCUCCGUCGCAAACUGAAUCCAGACCCAGCCCUGCGCUGGCCUCCUCAGCGCUGUCUGCUGGAAGCAACCGCACAGAUUUAGCAGCGAGCAACGAUACCCCGUCAGAAGAGGUCACCGCACGCCAUGCAGCAACGCCGACACCUGCAGCUUCCACGAAGGCUGACCUCUCCAAGCCCGCUGGAUUUCUUCCCAUCCCACCCAACCCAUUCAGAACGACAGAGAAACCAGCCUUAGCAUCAGGGCCUGCUUCAUUUUCCACUGAGACACAAACAAAUGCAACCGUUUCUGGGACGCCCCUUGGGACCAGUACGCAGACACCGAGGCAGUCCAGGUCUUCUGCAGGGAUGUCUUUAUAUGUGUCUACAAGCGUCCCUAGCUCCUCCACCCUGAAAUCCAGCCUCGCCAGCCUGGAGGUAGCUGGUGGUUUGUCCUCUCUAGUAAACUUAGGAGAAGAGGCCAAGCCCACAGAGAGCGUUGUAGUAAUCAGCAGUGCAAGAAGAGAAGGGAGCAAGGAGCUCUUGGGAACCACCAUCUCUCUGCCAGCUGUACCCAGCCCUGAGACACAGCUGUCAACCGCAGUCAUCCUUGGUCUUAAGCUUGUUCCAGCGUCAGCCCGGCCACCUCUGUCUGCAAGACCAACAACCCUUCAACAAGACCGUGAAUUAGCAUCAGGCAGUGUGCAUCCUCCCUCAUCAAGGUCUCCAUUUGCAGUUAUUAAUGAUCAGGUGACUGCUUUGCUAACGAGCAGGAAAGCAUCUCUCCCUAUGACUUCAAGCAGCAGGUCUGACUUGCUGCCUGCUGUUACCACCUCCGAUGAGGCUAUGACGGCAUCGCCAUCCCCCGGUGAGGCACGUGGAAGACCCGUCACGGAGGGUGGCGUGACAGCUGGCCAUCUGCCGGCUCAGGCCCCGGUGUCACUAUUGCCAGACCUGCCAUCCGGCCGGCCAAGUCACCUUCCAGAGACGGCAUCUUUGGGAGAGACUGGGAAGCUGCUUGGCCGUUUUGAUCUCAGCACUCGGCUCGCGCAGUCCACGGCUUCUGCUACCACAGUUGGGACCAGCGCUUCUGUUGCAACACAACUGGCUUCCACCUCCGACAAACUCAUCGAGAAGACUGCGAGCCAGUUUUCUGUCUCAAAUGCAGCGGUGUCAGAUGGCUUGGAGACUCUUCUAACCACAGACCUGUCCCAAUUCCAACCCACCUCCGAGACCCUUUCUGAUCCCUCUGAAGUCCCAAUGGUCUUCACUUCAGAGAGGAGUCGUCUGCUGGAUGUCACUGGCCUGGAGUCCUUUGAGAGGCCUGCCUUGCACACAGAAGCAGAGCAGGUGGCUAGAAUAAGUGACAUGACUGAGGACACUGCUGGGGACUUGACGACUGCUCCAAUGUGGCUGGAAGCUGAGCCCGUGGCGCUGGAGAACCGGGCAGCUGGGCAGCUGGAUGAUGCUCUUCUGGAUGGCUUUGCGGUCGUGUCCGAUGACACCUGCGGCUCUGGGAACUACACUGCCCGGAUGAGCCUGCGUCCUGCUGCAGAAAUGGCCCCGGGGGCCCACUCACCGCUGUCUUCCCCCGAGACUUUCCUGGCUGUCAUCGCUUUGCAGAGCAACGGCAGCCGCCCUGCGCUGAGGAUCCAGGCGUGCUGUGUGACGCCCACCAGCAGGACCCCCGGCCCGGAGGCUGUGUGCUGUUUGUUCCCCAGAGCUGGCUUCGAGGCUGGGAAACCCCACAGGGUGGCAGCGGCUGGGAGUGAAACCACCUUCCCCAUCCCCACCAGGGUGCCGUUUGACUGCAGGCACAUUCAGUGGCUCCACGGCGGCCAGUCCAGGGCUGCCAGCUUCACCAUCCAGCUGUUCCAGAUGCUGAACCACUCUGUGGCGUAUCUACACUGCGAGCUUAACGUCUGCCUGAGCAGCAGCCCCGGCUGUGAGCAGGACUGCCUUGAAGGCACAGAGGCAGCUUCCCAGCCCAGCAGCAGGAGCAGCUCUGGCAGCCCACACAACCUGGUGUCAGUUGGCCCUGUGAGGAAGGUGAAGAGUGCCUUUCCCUCGGAGCCGGUGGAAGGCCCUGCCUCCAUCAUGAUUGUACCCAUCCUGCUGGGCUCGCUGACUGGCCUGGCCGUCCUGGGGAGCGUUUUUGUCUGUCUCUGGCUGCAUCACAGACGCAAGACCCUAAGCCCUGGCAACCCAUUUCUCAGAGCCACGUCCGGCCUGUGAACUGCAAAGCCCUGGCUGCCCCCCAGCCUCCAGGCUGCCUCCAUUCACACUGGGCUGGCAGUUCAUUUUACUGUGCAUAACGUGCUGCUUUUGUAGAGCCGCUGCUCCCCAGGCAGGGAGGGACUGGCCCCAGGCUGUUAAGUACUCCUUUCCUUUCUUUCCUUCAGCAUGAGAGAGCCCCAGUCCUGCAGAGCAGGAGAGCACGGAGCUGUAGGCACCAAGCAAGAGAGCUCCCCACCCCUCAACCCCCAAAACUCUCCCUGUGUCUCCAGCCCCAUAGGAUGCAGCUCUCCCACCCUUGGGAGCACGGUUUGCAUGGGUGGCUUGGGGAGGCUGUCGCUUGCUUCCUAUUUCAGACUUUGGGCUCUCCAAGUGGAGAAGCAUUGAAGCAGGGUCAGCCUUGAGUGGCACCCUGAGCUUUUUCCCACUCAAAACGCUCCUCCAGAGCACCAGGCAGCCUGGGCCCAAGAAGGAUGAGUAUAGGUAUAGGUAAAGAUAUUGGUAUAGAUAUUCUGUCAUCCUGCCGGGAGCUGUAUGCAGUGGGGCUUUGCGUAGGGGUCCGGAGAGCAGCUCGAAUGGAGGUACUUGCAGGAUGCUCCUAACUCUCUACAGCUCCAAGCAGACAUACCCCAUUAUGAAAGCAUUAGACACAGCCACGAUUAGAGACCGGAAAGGAAGAGAUAGCGGGGUGGGGCUCUUCUAAAGGGUUCCUGAAAUUUUUAUCAAUGGAAAUGCAGAGGUUGAACACAGCAGGCGGGUUAGACAGACAGACGGGAACUAUUUCUCUUCCUUCUCAGCAUUCGGUGCCUCUGUGAGUCAAUAUUGCUUUUUCCAGUUGUUGAAGUCUCUCCUGCUCUGUGAUUUAUUAAUCAAUGUUCUGCUUUCUUGCAAGACUGUUUUUUAAAGCAAGGCAGAAGAACUCGAGAGACUCCACAUGCAUGGGAUUCAUCAGAAACUGUGCUUCCGGAGGGAUUUGGGGUUUUACUUUUAAAGUAGAUCAGCCAUUGUGUCUGUUCCAAAAAACAAAAAACAGCCCCGAGCACUGCAUUUGCACUCUUACAUUGGCCUUUAUGUGGAGAGUCUCUUGGCUGAGGUUUGAAUGCAGGAAGCACCGAGAUCGGUAAGGUAAUGAUUGCAUAAGUGCUGGUGUGAGACCCUAGAGCAGCCAUAGGGAAGAACAGGAAAUCCCUGUAUCGGAAAAAUGCAAAUACCCCCCUGCUCGAUCCCUGCUGUUUUUCCUUCCCAAAAACAAGAGACGCAGAAGAAUUCACCAUCUCCCAAGACACAAGCAGCAGCAGUGAGGAGGGGACCUUUGCUCAUAAAGCCUGGUGAAUCCAGAGAGCAAAAGCGCCUGUUUCUCGUCUUUCCCCCAUGAUCUGGUCUCCGUACACAGGAGCCCCUCGUCGGGUGAUUUUUCACUCCUGAAUCUCCCCUUCUCUCCACGAUGGAGCGCGGAGGUCUCUGCCCAUGCAGCGUUGAGCUCCUGGGCUCUGAUGUUUGUCAAACUCGCAGCCUGGUGCUUGGGAAAUCAUAAAUUCCCACUGCCCCUCCCAGCCCAUGCUUUAUGUGCCAGUGGGUGAGCCCAAGUGCUAGUGGAAAUACAGCAGUUGCUCCCUUGGAUGAAAGAGUUGUAGGCUCCAGACAAGAGCAGCUGAUGGGGCUGAAGAGACAUGUCAAAGCCACUGCAGCUCCAGGUGAAAGGUAGUUUACAGGUGCAUGGGACCCUACAUCUCAGCUUCUCCUAUAUCAGUGGUGUUGCUCUGAGUCUAGUUGGAGGCUUUCCCUGGGGCUGGGAUGAAAUUCCCCCUCUGUGAAUACAGCUGAGCAAGGCAAGUAGCAGCCAGACCUGCCCCGUGACUGCCAGGCUCUGCAGGAGCCUGGGGUCCUGAACCAUCUAGACACAGUCCGUGGAGAUGCCAGUCUCAUCCAUCUUCUCGUUUGAGGUCUAUCUCUGUGUGUGCCCCAGCCAGCUCCAUGUUCCCCCCCAGUAUUUUGAGUCACCUGAGCUUCUCUUGCCUUCCCCUCUAGCACCUGGUGAUUAUAUAUAUUUUUUUUCUUUUUCGAUGUGUCCUCUCCAUUGCAGGCAUCUCUUACAGAGGCCACUGCCCCCCUUGGAGCUGUCCUGAACUUUGCAAGUAAAUAAAUAAAUGAAAUGGUCCAAAUACACCCAGCUUCAGCUGCUGGGCCCGGCGGGGAGUUUGACUCAA